AUGCCUCGCAAGCGCGCUCAGUUAUCCAAUGAAGAUUCAGAGCCCGAAUCUCUUCACAGCGACGCGCUUGACGACCUGCCGCCCAAGAAACGCACGCGUUCUUCCAAUUCCAAAUCCAGCUCACCUUCGAAACCCAAGCCCAAGCGUAAGAAACGCAAAGCCAAGGAAGAUGAUAUCAAAGAUGAAGAGGAUGUAGAUGAUAGCGAUGUAGACCUGAAGGAGGGGCAGCAAGUUGUAGGUCGCGUUGUACAAGCUCCAAAGACAGGCUGGGUACCUCCUGGUCAGGUUUCACAGAACACGCUUGAUUUUCUAGCGAAACUCAAAGACCCUGCGUGUAAUGACCGUGAAUGGUUUGCACUUCUAUCACGGCCCUCCUCUGAGCUUAUUUGUCAAACAGAACCAGUUUACCGUCGCGUAGAAAAGGAGUUCAAGGCGUUUAUCGAGGCGUUCACCGACAUGCUCACAGACGUUGACUCUGAGAUCCCUCCGUUACCCCCUAAAGACGUCACCCAUCGCAUAUAUAGAGAUGUCCGCUUCAGCAACGAUAAAACACCAUACAAGAAGGGACUAUCUGCGAGUUUUUCGAGGAGUGGCAGGAAGGGGAUUUUUGCAUUUUUCAAGCCGGGUGACGAGAGCGUCAUCGCUGCAGGUGCAUGGUGUCCUGCGAAGAACGAACUCUCGACUCUUAGAAAUCACCUACUUCGUUCCACACCCGCCGCUAAGACUCUGCACACAAUCCUGGCUUCUAAAGCAUUUACUACCCAUUUUGGCCCUCCCCGUCCACACCCGAAUGGAGAUCGUCAGGGUGUGUUUGGGCAUGAAGAUGAAUUGAAGGUGGCACCGAAGGGUGUGGAUAAGAAUCACAAAGAUAUAGCCCUCCUCAAAUGCCGCUCCCUCGCUGUUUCCUAUCGGUUCACAGAUGCACAAGUCGUUGCACCCGGAUCCGAGUUUAUAGAUGCACUACGUGGGGUUGCGGAUGUGAUGACGCCAUUUGUCCAUUGUUUGAAUGAUCUGAUGACGCUUCCUGUGGACGACAGUUCUGAUGAAGAGAACGAGGAAGAUGAUACUGGGGAUCCGGAGGAAGAUGAGUGA